CCCUACCAGACGUCACACCGAUGCCUAUUUGCAUGAAGUGUUUUCUGCAGCUUGCUUCAGAGUUCACGCCGAUUCCGCCUGGCAACACGGCCAGCUUCUUGGAUAGGGACGGUGCAAGGAAUAUAACGAGAAAAGCCCCCAUGGUUGCUUUCGCUACGGAAGACAGACGCACUAAGGCGCGCUGAACGACGUUUUCUGCGCCUUGUUUUGCGAAGCACCGUCUCGCAGUGAAAAUGGAGCUCCCCGCCGCGGGAGAGCACGUCUUCGCCGUGGAGAGCAUCGAGAAGAAACGUAUCCGAAAGGGAAGGUUCGAGUACCUGGUUAAGUGGAGGGGCUGGUCCCCAAGGUAUAACACGUGGGAACCGGAGGAAAAUAUUCUGGACCCGCGCCUCCUUGUCGCGUUCCAAAACAGGGAACGUCAGGAACAGAUGCUGGGCUAUCGCAAAAGAGGCCCGAAACCAAAGCAGCCCUUCAUACAGGUCCCCUCGUUCGCCCGGAGGUCCAGCAUCCUCUCUGGUCUGCAGGAGGCGCCGCACGACGCGUGUCUUAGAAUGGCCAUGGACCCAGCGCAGGCGCAGCAGUACCAGCUGAAUAGCAGGAAGCACCACCUAUACCAGCCGCUCCCGAGCGAGAGCCCUGGUGGUACUGUCCCCAAUGGCAAGAAGAAGCACUACUACCAGCUCAACAGCAAGAAACACCACCACUACCAGCCCGACCCCAAAAUGUACCAGAUGCCGUGUGAUAGGUCAAAGGAGCCCGCGGUGCCCCAGGUGGGCAGGGAUGGUUGGAGCCUCCCUCCAACCCUGCAGCAGAAAUGGGACGAGGACUCUAGAUGCCUCGGCAAAGCGCAGGACUUCACAAUGGAGCUCAACAGCGGAGGCCAUGAACCAGAGCUCAGCGCCGAGCUUCCCGUUAAGCAGGACGGUGCACCUGCGAACGGAAUAAGCAGCAAGCUGAAAAUAGUGAAGAACAAGAACAAAAACGGACGCAUCGUCAUCGUGAUGAGCAAGUACAUGGAAAAUGGCAUCCAGGCAGCCAGGGUUAAAGGUGGGGAGGUGGAUGGAGGCCUGAAGCAGUCAGAGCAGCUGCCGGAGAGCAAGGCCGAGGACGUCGAUAACGAAAAAAACAAGCUCCCCAAGAAGCAUGGCUUUGAGAGCCUAGGAUGUGGAAAGGACAGCAAAGGUCAGGACAAACCUCCCCUCUGUGGACUUAUGAAUAGAACAACCCUCCCUGACUCAGUUAUGUCGGGGCCAGUGGCAGCUGAGGUGAACAAAGAACAGGAGUUCCGGAAUCUUGAACAUUCAACACAUGAGGAUCAACCGCUGCAGCUGACGACCAAAUCCUGCCUGAGCCCAAAGACCUCUGAAAAGGCCGUCCCUUCGCAGUUAGAUCAAAGGAAUAGACAGGGGGCCCACAAGAGGUGCUCAGAACUGGACAGGGACCAUGGGGAGGCUAAAAGGUUCGUGAGUGUUCAGAGCGUCAGUGCACCAAACACAGGGACAAGUCAGUGUCAGAACUGCACCACAAACCUUAAUGGUCACCAGCUAACAAAUGGACGCAAGUUUGAAUUCCAGCACUCCAGCCAGGACGAGCCCAUAGAUCUUAGCUGUGCGCGAUCACGAAAAGAGAGGAAUUCUGUAAUGGAUUGUCAGAUAAAUGGGAACUCUGAACAGUGUGAGAAAGAGACAGAGAUAACGGUGGAAGAAACGCCUUUUACACCUUUUCUUGGGAAUAUAAUAAUAACAGACGUCACAGCAAACUGUCUUACAGUUACAUUUAAGGAAUAUGUAACUGUCUAGAACUGACAGCUUUAAAACAAAACUACUGACAUCGCAACUCUGUGAAUAUGUACAUAUAUAAAGUAGGCUUGGUCUUCAGAUUUCAGAAGAUCACCUCAUUUGUUUUCAGAAUGAUCCAGUAUAAAGUCCAGGUUUUAAUAUUUUUCAGUCUGCAUACAAUUCCACUAAAUUUUGCUAACUAUUCCAUAUUAGUGAUAUAAGUCAACAAAACAUGUUUUUUACACUUUUGUUUUUCCAGUGGCUUGUUUCUGUUCGCUAUGCUUUAUAAGAAGGCUAAUAUGUCUAUGAAGCACUUAUGUAUGUAAUGUUAAAUGAUUUUUAUUGUUCUCUCUUUUAACAUUUCAAAACUUUGUAAAGUGCUUUAGCUUCAUCUCAGCACAUUAAAAGCAUAUUUUUGAUGUGUCACUAGA